GAGAAUAACGCGAUCACGCUGACAGCUGGGAAGCCGACGUGAAAGGGAUGGAAAAUGACUGUCUUUAAGGCAGCAUCGCAACUUCACCAAGCCCGAUUUUAAAGGCGCAGGAUAAGGACGCCAGCCUUUUAUUUCUUCACCUUGGGCCUUUGGCGCGUGUGCACCACGUGACUCAAGAGUCCUUUGGCUUUUCCGGCUCGAGGGAAGCUUUCUUCCUUCACAGUUUCUUUUCAUUGUUCACUGCGGAUAUAUGGAGGCCCUGGAGGUGCCCUGAAGGUAGCAGGCGCCUUGGACCUCUGCUCGCUUCUGCCACUAAAAACUUCAAAAUCGCCUUUUUCUCGCAGCCAGGCUCGGUGGGACGCCUGCGCUCUGUCUGGUCCCGCCCCUGCGGCCGGGGCCGCCGCGGUGCAUUGUGGACACGGUAGUUCCCGCCGCGUUGAUGGCUGCGUUUAGCGUGAGUGCUGCGCGGAGUUGUUGAGUGAAGUGGACUUGAUUCGCGGACUGGAAUGUAACAGGCACCGGAGGAUCCCCGCCCUGUCAUCUGGUUCUGGGGCUUGCGACUGAGGUUGGAUGUCCCGGAUCGUUGUCUAAUGGAGAGAACUCACUAGACUUCGUUGCUGUUAAAUAACCCCCAAAGCAGAACCUUGAUUUGUCUGUGAGAGACAGAAAAUCAUCUUUUAAAAAGUUGUGCUUCGAUUCUCCCCUCCCCACCCCCAAUCUCUUAAUUAUGCUGUAAACGUAGGACUUUUGGAACGUCUCUCUCACUCUCUGGUGCUGAUCCCACUGCAGAAUGACUUUCUGUUUCACUGGUAUCCGAAGCUUUCCUAAGCUUUGGAAGAGCAACCCAUACCUUGGACUAGGCCCUGCACACUCUUCUGUCUGUCUCUUUCUCAAAGACUGUUAUGGCAUCAGGAACCAACAGAAGUGGUUUUCUCUUAAAACAGCAUCUCCACAAAAUACCAAAGCAGUGAAUCUGCUGAUUGCCAAAGCCCAAUAUCCCCGGAAAGGAGAUAAGGGCAAUAAGAAGCAAGUUUCUUCUGAUUCUCCUCAUCUUUUUGCAGCUGGAGCAGCUAAGAAAAGAUCACAGAUGAAUCCUCAGAGUAAAGAUCAUGUCUUGUCACCUGUGAGGGACACUAUUCAACUUCCAACGAAACCUUUGAAUUCAGAGGAGUGGGAUAAACUUAAAGAAGAUUUCAAAGGAAAAGCUAAUUUUGAAAAUUGGAUCAGCUCACAAAUGGCUCACUGCCGUAGCUCUGUGGAUGUGGCCAAAUCUCUGCUAGCCUGGGUAGCUGCAAAGAACAAUGGUAUUAUAGGCUAUGAUCUGCUGGUCAAGUAUUUGUAUCUUUGUGUCUUUCAUAAGCAGACUUCGGAAGUUAUUGACGUCUAUGAAAUCAUGAAAACCAGAUACAAGAGUUUAGAAUCCGGAGGGAAUAGUCUUCUCAUCCGAGGAUUAAUCCAUUCAGACAGGUGGAGGGAGGCCUUGCUGCUGUUAGAGGACAUCAAAAAAGUAAUGAUCCCUUCGAAAAAGAACUAUCAUGACUGUAUCCAGGGAGCCCUCCUGCAUCAAGAUGUAAAGACAGCUUGGGAUUUGUAUCAGGAACUGUUAGGUCAUGAUGUUGUUCCUAUGUUGGAAACUUUAAAAGCCUUCUUUGAUUUUGGAAAAGAUAUAAAAGAUGAUCAGUAUUCAAACAAACUACUGGACAUUCUUUUAUAUCUAAGAAAUAAUCAGCUGUAUCCUGGGGAGUCAUUUGCACAUAGUAUAAAAACGUGGUUUGAGAGUGUUCCUGGAGAACAAUGGAAGGGACAAUUCACCACAAUCCAGAAAAGUGGUCAAUGUUUGGGCUGUGGAAAAACCAUAGAGUCUAUUCGCCUGAGUCCAGAAGAGUAUGAGUUUCUCAAGGGGAAAAUCUUGAGGGAUGUGAUAGAUGGAGGUGACCAAUACAAGAAGACGACUCCUCAGGAACUUAAGAGAUUUCAGAACUUUGUGAAACACUGUCCUCCUUUUGAUAUUGUCAUUGAUGGGCUCAAUGUUGCCAAAAUGUUUCCUAAAGCUCGUGAAUCUCAAGUCCUCUUGGAUGUGGUCUCUCAACUAGCCAAGCAGAAUCUGCGACUGCUGGUGCUGGGCCGGAAGCACAUGCUGAGGCAGGGUUCCCGGUGGAGAAGAGAUGAGAUGGAAAUGGUGCAAAAGCAAGCCAGCUGUUUCUUUGCUGACAACAUCUCGGAGGAUGAUCCGUUCCUUCUGUAUGCCACUCUGCACUCGGGGAACCACUGCAAGUUUAUCACAAAAGAUCUGAUGCGGGACCACAAGGCCUGUCUACCUGAUGCCAAGACCCAACGCCUGUUCUUUAAGUGGCAGCAGGGACAUCAGCUGGCAAUUAUUAACAGGCUUCCAGGAUCAAAAAUAACCUUUCAGCGUAUUCUCAGCCAUGACACAGUGGUGCAAACAACUGGAGACUCGUGGCACAUACCAUAUGAUGAAGACCUGGUGGAAAGGUAUUCCUAUGAAGUACCAACCAAAUGGCUUUGCCUUCACCGAAAGACAUAAAGACUCUUACCCUCGUGCUAAAUUUGUGUUUGGCUGCCUUCCUGGUUGACAUCAGAGCUCUUAAGUCAAUGCUUGUUUAAAGCAUUGCUUCAUCCUGUUUGAUCCAGUUUAUCCUGUUUGGUCCAGUUGGUUUGUAUGUCAACAAAUUGAUUUUUUAAUUAAAUGCGAUAAUAUCUUUUCACAACCAGUUACAUUUUUCCCCCUAACGUUUGUUUUUGGAGGUUUAUCCAGAGUUGGGGAACUCAGUGCAGAAUAAAGCCUACGUUUCUCCCA